AUGGGUCUUCUCAACUCAGCUUCGGUUGUUGUUUCUGUUCUUGUUUGUCAACUAUUUGCCUUGAAUUUGGGUGAUCUUGUAAGCACUGUCUCAGAGAAGUACAUAUCAGCAAUAGGAGACCCAGGAAUGAAGAACCCAAAUAUGAGAGUUGCAUUGGAAGCUUGGAACUUCUGCAAUGAAGUUGGAAUGGAAGCACCCAACAUGGGCAGCCCCAGGCUGGCCGAUUGUGCUGAUAUUGAUUGCUCUCUUACUGAUCAUUUGGAUAGGACCUCCCUAGGUAUGGAAAGUAAGUGUGUGAUUCAUCACAGAGUAAAUGAAUCAGACAACAACUUACGGGCUGGUGAUAAUUUUCCUGUAAGGGAUUUUAAGCCAUACACAGACCCUGACUUAUAUGCAAAGGAAAAGGAACUGUAUCUUGCUUCUCUAUGUGAGGUUCAGAAUUCAUCAGAUCCAUGGCAAUUUUGGAUGGUCAUGCUUAAGAACGGAAAUUUUGACAAAAACACUACUCUUUGUCCUGAAAAUGGCAAGCCGGUAAGCAGAAUUGUUACGGAUAGGAAUUUUCCAUGUUUUGGUCAAGGUUGUAUGAAUCAGCCACUUGUCUACCAUAACUACUCAAGAUUGGUUUCUUAUGGUGACCGAGCAGUGUCUUUAAUUGGAGGAUUUUAUGGAACUUAUGAUCUUGAUGCUGAUUUGAGCAAAGGUAUAGGGAAGAACUCCUACUUUUCAGUCUCAUGGCAGAAAAACUUGGGCACAGGAAGUUGGAUUUUCUCGCAUAGAUUGACAACAUCUUCAAAGUACCCCUGGCUUAUGUUGUAUCUUCGUGCAGAUGCAACAAAAGGACUUAAUGGUGGUUAUCACUAUGAUGGUCGUGGCAUCAUGAGAAAGGUCAGUUCCGCAGCUUUAAUUCUUACUCACGGGCACUAG